CUGGCAACUCAGUGACAGCUGUUUGACAGUCCCUCUUUUAUUUUCGUAAGAAAUAUCUUCUCGACGAGAAUAAAGCUUUUUGUUGAUUGUAUUUGUUUGUUCAUUGUAAAUUCCGCAUUGAAUUGACGAUUAUUUAUGUGAUAUAUUUCUGUGCGACACUUAGUAAUGUGAAGUAAGAUGUCUUACACUAUAAAUAGAUUGAGCCGCAGUUAGUUUGAUGAAUUGUCUGUUUGUGAUGGUUGAUCAGACAUAUUGACGAAUAAUUUAGCGAAAAUGGGCAGAAGAGAAGAGCCCGCCUGGGCCAGCGGCACUGUAGGGCUGCUGGCUUCGAGGGAACGUGGGGAAGUGGAUAGAAAGUUUCAAAGUCGGCUUACAGUGACCCGACCUAUGAUCGACAGAUUGGGACUAGAGAAGGAACUCCAUGGGCAUAUGGGAUGUGUUAAUUGCCUGGAGUGGAACCACGAUGGAUCGAUCCUGGCAUCAGCUUCUGACGACCUCCACGUUAUGCUGUGGGAUCCCUUCCGCUACAAAGAGCUUAUGAACAUAGCAACAGGGCACACUGGGAACAUAUUUUCUGUAAAGUUUCUCUCCCCUGACGUGAUCGCAACAUGCGCGGCGGACGGCACGGUCCGCGCGCGCAGCGUCAACUCGAACGCGCCGCUCCUCGAGUGCGUGUGCCACUGCGCGCGAGUCAAGCGUCUCGCCACCGCGCCCGACAACCCGCAUCUCCUAUGGUCUGCAGGAGAAGAUGGACUUGUGUUACAACACGACCUCCGCAUGUCACAUAGCUGUAAUCCGGACUCUGCGAAUGUGUUGGUGAACUUACUGAACCACUUGGGGCGGUACGCGGAGGCUAAAUGUGUUGCCGUCAACCCUCGCCGGCCCUACCAGCUCGCAGUCGGAGCUAACGACUUCUACGUACGCCUGUACGACACUAGGAUGAUCAAAUUGGCUAGAUUACAGACGAGCGGUCCGUCGCGCCAGAUGUGGGAGCGGCAGAACAUGCGUUGCUCGCGGGCCGGGCACGGGGACCCCGACAACAACAUCCCGCGCGCCGCCGUACACUACUUCGCGCCCGGUCACCUAUCAAUGGAGCCGAACGAGCACACUUUCCCUAAGAAAGCGACGACAUAUGUAGCUUUCAGUAAUGAUGGGAAUGAACUACUUGUUAACCUCGGCUCUGAACAGAUAUAUAUUUUCGAUAUAAACUCAGCGCGGCGGCCUGUCCUGGUAGAGAGCUUCAUCAUCCAGCACAACCACGGGAACCGAACCUCGGACGCCAAGCAGCCGCUGAGGAAUGGCACCAACGGUACCACUCCCCCCCCUCAGCCGCCCCCACCACAGCUACCGGACCGCGUCAGGCAGCUUAAAGAAAUGGCGAAUGACUUCGUGAACAAGGGCAACUACCCGACGGCGGUGGAGUUCUACAACGAGGCGAUAGCGCUGUGCCCGGACUGCGCCAUACUCUACUCCAACCGCGCCGCCGCGCUCAUGAGGCGGGGCUGGUCAGGCGACACGUACGCCGCGAUAAAAGACUGUUACAAGGCUAUAAAGCUAGAUGCUUCCCACGUGAAGUCUCACUUCCGAUUGGCCAAAGGUCUGAUGGACUUGAAGAGGGCUCGGGAGGCCCACGAGUGCCUCCUGUACUUCAAGGACAAGUUCCCGAGGCAUGCCACUAGUCACGCCGUGUUUUUGCUGCAGAAGGACAUUAAUGUAGCCUUGGAGAGCAUGGAGACUACGCCCGAUGAAGCCGCGGAGUCGGAGGACAGCCAGCCCACGUCCCUCCUGGAGCGCCAGCUGAGGGGCGCAGCCCUAGACUACUCGCAGAGACUCCUCGGACACUGCAACACUACUACCGACAUCAAAGAGGCCAACUUCCUCGGACCCGAUGCCAACUACAUCGCGGCCGGAUCGGACGACGGCAGCCUGUUCAUCUGGUGCCGUAAGUCUGGCAAUAUAAUCCGCUGCCUGCGCGGGGAUGACUCCAUCCUGAACUGCAUCCAGCUGCAUCCCUCCAUGUUCCUGCUCGCCACCAGUGGCAUCGAGACCGUCGUACGGCUCUGGAGUCCACGCCCUGAGGAUGGCAAAGAAGAGAGCCGCAUCAUCCGUGACUCUGGGUCUGCGGCGCAGGCCAACCAGCAGCGCAUGCGCAGCGACCCCUUCGAGGCCAUGCUGCUUAACAUCAGCUUCGCCAGCGGGAACGUCGAUAGGGACCUGCACUCCCCUGCUUGCAGGCCUACCUAGGUAACACAACAAAGUAAAUUAUUAAUAAAAUAUUCAUAGGCGUUGUAGAAACGCAGUCGUUAAGCGCAUUGUAAUCAUCACUACGAGUCAUUUGUAAAUAGUAACUAUUAUAUACAUUAUUAUAUAUAAAUAACAAUACGGUGUUAUCAUUCUUUUACACCUUUUUUUACUUUCCAACGUUCUGUACUAUAUACUAGAGAUAAAAAUAUUUUUCUAACAAAUUAGUCGGGACUCGGGAUACGAGUAGACAUUUUGAACUCUGUUUCUUAAUAAUAAGGGUCGCUUUCGCGUGAUAUCUAAUUGAGAAACGUGUGAUACUAAUUGGUGUUUUAGUGGAAAUGCCUUAGGCUUUGUAAACGAGAUAUGCGUUAUUCCAAAUGCACAAUUUUCUAUG